AUGAUUAAGCCUAUCAUUACGAUAGGAAUUGAUGGAGAUGAAACUAUGACUGUCAAAAGAGAGACACUCACUAAAAUGUCAAACGAUGAAAACAGAGGUAAAACAACGGGGAUAGAUGCUGAUCAAGGUAAAACUAUUGCAGCAACGAACGGAAGUAGAGGACUGUAUAAUCAAAAUAGGAAUAAUUUGCUAACUAGGGAAUUAGAGGAUGUAUUGAAGAGCUUGAUGGGAUGUACAGGGCAAGAAGAAUUCAAAAACGCGAGAGCAUAUGCAACACAGUGUAAAUUAGAAUACAAAAGGAAUUCUAAGGAAGAAACGAGUUAUGAACUGACAAAGAUGAGUACCAGUUCGUCUAGCAUUAUCGAAGUUGAUGUGCAUUGCAGUGAGUUCGAUAGGCAAAAACAUACUUUGUUGAACUGUGAGGAUGAAAAGAUGCGCAAUAUGGACGAUUCCUCUUCUGUUCUUACAACCAACAAUUAUGCUAACUAUGAUAUGUGUUCUCAA